AACGCUUAUAUGAUGUACUUUGGAUAUGUACUUUGCAUGACAAUAAAAGGGGUUGUAAAGACUGAUCAACACUCAUACAGGAUUAUGCUGACAAUAUACAGAGCACAUUUGAGAAGAAAACACAGAACAGCUUUAAGAGCAUGGAUACCACAAAAGGAGCAUCAUCACACCGUCAUGAACAGGGCCAUUAUCUAUCCGACCAGCAUAAACUGAGACUGGUCUUGGUUGGGGUGAGAGAAGCUGGGAAAAGUGCCACUGGUAAUGCCAUACUGGGUAAGAAAGCCUUUGACGAGGUCGGGGUGAAAACCAAAGUGAGCGUCUCCUGUCAGGGUCUGGUACAAGGGACGCAGGUACUGGUGGUUGACACACCAGGCUGGGAAUGGUUCAACAUCCAGGGCACCGCAGCAUCAACAUGGAUACUUAAAAAAGAGAUGAUUAGAAGUAUGACCUUGUGCCAUCCUGGUGCCCAUGCCCUGCUGUUGGUGGUGCCACUAUCAUUCUCGUUCUCCAAGCGUGAGCGUUGUGCCAUCGAGGAACACGUAGAGCUGUUUGGUCCAGAAGCCUGGAGUUACAGCUUGGUGCUCUUCACCAUCUUAGACAUAAAGCAGUUGCGUGGUUCCAGCCCACAGCAGGAAGUGCUGGAGAACGAGGACCUACAUAGACUGGUUAGGAAAUGUGGAGGCCGUUUCCAUGCCUUGUACAGCAAACCACAAGGAACUAAGGACCAGGUGGCUGGCCUACUGACUAAAAUCAAGAAGAUGGUGGCUAAUAAUAGAGAAAGUGUGCUCUCCAGUGAGGAGAUACUUGAGCGGGCCAAGGAAAGAGAGGAAGAGGAGAAGAGAAAAGAGGAGGAGGAUAGAAUCAAGAGAAAUGAGAAGAUACGGAAAAGUAAAGACAAGAAGUUAAGGAGCAGACUAAGCACAUCACAAUGUUGAACAGAGGCGCUGCAUACAGCAGUGAAUAAAGCAAAGAAAGGUAAAGCAAGGACAUCAGCGUUAAUAUUAGAAGCACUACCUACCUGCAAAUCUACAAAUCGCCACUAGAGGCCACCACUUCUCAUUUGAAAUAUUUAUGAAUACACUGUAAAUUAUAAAAUAACUUUGGGCACAUAAACCUUUUCUGAUAACUUAUUGUGAUUAUAUAUCAAAAGCACAUAAUUGCGUGGACACCAGAAGACAACCAAACCAACAUGUGUAUAGGGAUGUUUAUUUAUGUUGGGUUUCCCAAUAAACAUAUAUACAGUUCAGUCAAAAUGAAUUAUUGCCAUGUAUUUUACAAAUAAUUAUUGUAAAAUUGUAUAACAUUUGUUUCUCAUUUCUCAUAAAAGUGUAUAUACAUUUUUCAAAAUGGAGGUGCUUCAAAAAUCUUACCACAAUGUCAUAGAGAGGAAACAUUAUGGUUCCCCAAAAAAUCGUUCAGUCCAAGUUUCUUAAAAUAACUUGUUUAAUACCUCUAUAUAAUAUACAGAACCUUUGUCCACUACAAAGAAACUUUUGUGCAAAGCAAAAAUUGUGAAGCACCAUAAGUUAUAAAGAGUAAUACAUCUGCAACCUUUUCUCACUUCUACAGUACCAGUUUUUUGGGUUCAAAGUUAUUAUUAAUAAUUUACACUUCCACUCACACUGUAAAAGUUCUGUGUUGAUCUUAAAUGUUUCAACAACUUGAAUAAAUAAGUCAUUUUUUAAGUUUUUAGACUAGUUAGAAGUUGCUUUAAAUUAUAAAAAUAAAUUUGCAAGCCCAUUUAAAAAAAAACAUUUUAUAAGGAUUUUUUUAUAGUGCAGGUUUUCUGUGGUAAAAUGUAUUUUAUACUAUAAUGUAAUUUUUUAUGAUAAAAAAAAUUAUAUUUUUGUGCACUCUCGGGAAAAGGAACAAAAGCUUGGGGUGGUCUUCUUUUAAAAACACAUCUAAAUUGUGCAUAUUAGUGCUUUAAAUGUAAAUAUCUGUACAUUGGUUCCUCAAAUGUCAUAUCUGUACAUAAAUGGUACAUAUUAGGACCUUUUUAAAAGGCAACUUCCCAGAGAUAGCUUUUGUGACAGCUUUUAUCUGAUAGUGUGCAAGACUAUGGCACAGAUAAAAUUAGCAGCUUUAUCACGUCAUCUUCUGAAACAUCUGAAUGUUUUACACCACCCUUAAAUUAAUACAAAUAACACAAAAUUCAUUCACUCUGUCUAAUCUACAAAUAAGCCUGUCACCAUCCUUUCUAUAAGAUCUUGACACAUACAAACACAGUACCAUAUUUGUAUCAGAUUAUUUGUGAUUUGACAUUCUAA